AUGAUAUCAGAAGAGAUGAGAUACAAUAUACACAUUUAUCUUUUCGAUAAAAAUUUAAUAGCCAUACCGCGUCCCGAACCCUUCAUUUCGAUUUUUAAUAUGGAGAGACGGAUAUAUGUAGGAAACCUGUUUCAGAAUGUAGACGAAUGUGUGACACAGUUGUAUGGGAGAUUUCAGAAAUUUGGACAAUGUCUGAACAAAGAAUUCGAACAACACCAUACAUUUGCCUACAUUAACAUGUCUUUCGAAAAUGAAGCGCAGCUAAAUAAUUUGAAAAGAUGCUUCAAUAAUGUUAAGUUCAAGGGAAAUGAGUUAAGGGUGGCAGAAGCGAAACCUGAUUGGAAUGCGUUACGGGUAGCCAGACAGGAACAGGAUAAAAAAGAAAGCUGUGUCAUCGAAAAGAAGAUGCAAAAGAAGAAUUGGGAGUAUUUCAAAAAAAUAGAAAAUAUCAACAUGGACUGGAAAAAUAGAUGCGCUUUGAUCCCAGGACGUGUUCGGGAGACACCAAGACCUAAAAAGCAAGUGCGCAAUCCAACAUUCAGGAUAAACGUAAAUGGUUCACUGAAAGUAUACAAAUGCUAUAAGACUAAGCUGUGGGGUUUCGAAAGGGAUAAAGACGUAAGGGAUCUCGUAAUUAAAUUUUCAAAUAAUCAAUGGCGCAAUGAUUAUGAUCAUAUUGUUGACAGAUUAACGUAUCACAGAUCAAAAAUUCCUGUCAGGUAUGCAUCUAUUAUCCAAAACCAUCAGGAUCUUCCAGAUGACCACCACUCAGCAGUUGAUGAAAAGGAAAAGAUUAAUAAUGUUUUGGAUAACAUAUUGAAUACUUUCAAUUUUGAAAAACCGUUGGAGCUGGAAGAGGAUGAGGAAAUUACGGUCAAAAAACAUGCUGAUAUGGAUGUCAGUACACAUCAAAGUAAACUUCAAGAUGGUGGCGAUAGCCAUGGUUAUACACCCACGCAGCAGAAAGUUUCUUUCUCCGAGACAAGUAAGACAAAUCUCCCCUCACAUCAUGAAGACAUACUUUCGAAUAGCGAGAGCGUUGACAAUAAGUUUAUACCCAAUUUCAGUAGUACGAAGGAUGGAAAAGGAGAAAACACCGGUAAUACCGAAACGCUCAGAGACCUUUUCAACCCUGAAGAUGCACGGAAGGAUGGAUUUAAGUUGAUUGCGGAGUCUGAUGAUGAUAUAGAUCACCAAAAGGAUUCUGAGGUUGAUGCAGUAACGAUUGCCCCUCAGGAGUUAUGGGAACUGAAUAAAGAAGGGCCGCAGACUUUAAAAAAAGAUAUUGCACAGUUAUUUUUCCCUCAUUUCAAUUCGCCGUUCUUAGUAGGACAAACCCAAUUAACUCGAGUUAAGAGUAUUUAUAAUGAGACGAAUUUCGAGAAAUGGGAUGACGAAUUUUGGGACAAUAGAGGACCUUGGAUGAAAGAGGCGAAACGUAGAAAAAGAGACGUAUUGAGACAAUUAAAAAAAAACUCGUCAAAGACUGGAAACGGGCCACUGUUGUGA